AGUUGUCGUGUGGCUUCACUCGAGACAACAUCGCGAUCGCGCCUCCCCUUCUGCGAGAGAAACGAGAGAGUAGCAUUAGGUGGUACUAAAAGUAGGGCGAACAGGAUUCAAGAGGCUGUGCUGUGUGUGACAAAGGGGGCGAAUACCAUUCCAGCGGGAGAGUUGUAUGAGGGACAAAAAUUUGGCGCGCGCGCGCGAAAGGGAUUGUCGAUUUCGUAGGUUCCGUUGCCAUAUGAAGGCCGCUCAUGAAAAAAUAGUGUCAAGUCGCUUUUGGUGUGUAUUUUUCGGGAAAGUAUCGAUUUUCGGGCGGAUUGGCGAAUCGGGACAGCGCGCCAUCCUUGCCGCCCCGCUGUUCACCCCAUUCCACGUUUAAUUUCUCAUACUGUACGUGCUGUGUGUAUGCCGUUGGUGGCUCCACAAAAAUCAGAAGGAAAGCGCACGAAGCAAAAAAAAGAAGAAGUGUGUGAACUGUGCGGACACCUGGAUAGCCGCAGUGUGGCCGAAAGAGAGUGGCGCAAAAAAGUGGAGUAAAUGCGAAGACGAUCGAGUUGUGAGAAAAGAGUUUGUGUGGUGAUUGUGAGAGUCACAACCUCUUGCGUUUGGAUAAUAAAUGUGUGUCGCUGGAUACUGUGGCUGUGAGAGGCGCGAACCGACCGCGAGUAAGAAACCAAUACACCGUCAAAAUUAGGCCAGAUAGCUGUCUCGCGAGAAUCAUGUUAUCUCCUGAACGGUUCAAUCGGUGCGUCUGCUCCAGUGGCCGGCACUGUCCUCCUUGUGCACCCAGGGGGCGCCGCGGGGACGCCCGAAAUGGCGCCUCCGUGGAACCGAAACCCCAUUGCGCCUGAAGGACUUCAUUGAUUCCAUACUUUGCACCAUACGUUCGGUGCCGGACACUUUUUUGACAACUCAUUUUGACAGCAAACACCCCCACACACCCCUAGUUUUUUUUGUUAGUAAAACGUCAGGAGUUGUAGGGAGUGACAAGGUUUUUUUUUGAAUUCAUCCACCACAAAAAAAACCAAGUGUGUGUGUACGUGCAAAAGAAAAACGGUCGUAACCGUUGAUAAGUCGCCGAAAUAGCCACCCUCAACGAAAACGCCAGGAUUGACAUCAAGAUUGAGGAGGAAUCCUGGCCAGUGAGGCGUUUCUCCCAGAGAAUCCGAAGUAGAAGCGGACGUAGCGGCAGCGGCGGCUCUGAAAAUCUGGCGGCCGAAAUGUCAGGCGAGGCGGACUCUGCGGGCGGCGGCGGAGCCCAAGUGCUGAGCCUUGCCGUUGAGCCGCCAUCCACCAAUGACGACGCCGAGAGCUGCGACCGCGUCAGUGCAUCCAACUACGACUCAGGCGACGGUGCCCUCCUACUACGGUGUGAGCGCUGCGAUGCCUUCGAGACGAAAUCGCGAGCCCUGCUCCUGGCACAUGUCUGCAAGGCUGCGCCGCCGCCCGCCGUAAAACCCGAUGUUCCACUCCAAAGUGCCCCAACGGUACCGCCGCCCGUUGAGAGUGAACCCGAAAGUCAGCCUGCCGCCGAGGCUAGGCACCACCGGAAGCUCUUUGAGUGUGACGUCUGCAACAUGAAGUUCUCCAAUGGCGCCAACAUGCGACGCCAUAAGAUGCGUCACACAGGUGUUAAACCCUAUGAAUGUCGCGUCUGUCAAAAGAGAUUCUUCCGGAAGGACCACCUAGCGGAGCACUUUACAACCCACACGAAAACCUUGCCAUACCACUGCCCAAUCUGCAAUCGCGGCUUCCAGCGGCAGAUUGCGAUGCGAGCCCACUUCCAAAAUGAACAUGUGGGUCAGCAUGAUCUCGUAAAGACCUGCCCACUUUGCAGCUACCGUGCUGGCACUAUGAAGUCCCUUAGGGUGCAUUUCUUCAAUAGGCACGGCAUUGAUCUGGAUAAUCCAGGUCCCGGGGCACCGUCCUCCCUCUUGCUGGCCCUCGAUUCACAAAAUGCCGGACAACUGCUGCCACAACUUGUGGCUGCAGCAGCACCAACGUACAGCGACAGUGGGGAUAGUCUACGAUCUGCUGAGAAUGCCACACCGCCUAUGCACUUCCUAACACCCCACGUUGAGAUCUCCAUGGCUGACAACGCUGAUACCUUUGCGGGCGACCCGGCGCCCACUAACUCAACUGGCCUUGAGAUCCAGCCUUGUCCGUCGUCUGGUCACCCCAAUGGUGGCUCUCCGUCUUCACCACAUUCCGCUGACUCUAACUCCAAUGCACCCACAAGUUCGCACUCCUUAAUGCCUAGUAUGGGUCAGAGUUCGCGCCAUAUGCUAGGAGAAGGGAAUAUAACGCCGUCCAUCAGCCUCAUUCCCAUCAAGCAGGAACCUAACACCAACGAUGAGUAUGCGGAAGGAAAGAUUCGACCUAGUGAACAAACGUCACCAACACAAACUGCGGUUUCAAACUCCGGGGAUAGUUCUGUGCCCUCAUCAAGCCUUACGUCGCUCAUAAAGGUUUCACCCCUAAAGUCACUUUUGCGCGAGGAUCUCAAGCGGCGAAUUAGUGCCCGUGCCUCCAGUCGCGCAUCCCGCAAUGGUAGUGUCACCAAUAACAACAACAACGCCACAAUGAGUAACCAGAAUACAUCACUAGGUGGCCCCUUAGCUGUUUCACCGCCAGAUGGCCAAGCGGCCGUUGUUGCAACCACAUCGAAUGGCGCCAUAACGUCCACAGGCCCAGAAAAUGAGCUUCUAGCACUAAGGAGCAAAAGGAACCUCCAGUGCCUGUUCUGUGGCAUUGAAUUCCCAGAUCAGACACUCUACUUCCUGCACAAGGGUUGCCACAGUGAGAGUAACCCGUGGAAGUGCAAUAUAUGCGGUGAGCAGUGCAACAAUGUCUACGAAUUCAAUUCACAUUUGCUUAGUAAGAGUCAUCAAUGAGAUUGGCGGGGCUCCGACGAAACCCAUUGGGAUACGUCGCAGCCUCGCCGUCGUGUUUGCACUUGAGCACACGAAAACGUCUCCAUUGUCAGCAAAUUAGUCAAAUUGAAGGGUAAGGAGAAAGCAGAAAAAAAUGCUUUGUUUUUCUUACCUUUCUGGAUUGUUUGAAGUCACCUGUUUGAAUCUGAUCUGCUACUGAUUUCGACGAAAAAAAAAGAAAGAUGGCUCCUUUCAAGCUCUGAAACUUUUUCAUUUUGCUGACUAUGGCAACGAGAGAGCCCCUCAUAAUUCAGAAUCUUGCCCCCGGGAUGGGGAUUUCAUGCCAAUCCCCUACUGAAGCCCCAUCUCGGGAAACUCAAAAAGAAGAAUAAAAAAAUAGUGCUUUGAGCACUAGGACUAGGUGAAGAAUUGUGUUAAAGAAAAUGGAAAAUAUAGUGCAAAAAAUAUGGAUAUAUCCGUCCAGAAAGUCUAGUUUCUUAGUGAAAAAACAAGAGAUUUAAGUAAAACACAAAACACAAGAUAAUUAAUAAAAUUACAAAUUGUUAUUUAAUUUUUUAAAUAUUCCAAUGUAGAUGUGUAGUUGUACCCCUUCAUUGUACAGUUUAUUUUUGUUUUUUUCUCUCGAGAAAAUUCUCAAUUUUUAGCAAAACUUUUCAAUGUUGAUCAAGAAUUCUAACUUAACUUUGAGGGUAAAUUAAGAUGAAGAAACUUUUACCUUUUCACUGACAACGAUGCAACGCAGAAUGGACUUCUCGCGGGAAUUCCAUGGACAUUUCCAGGGGAAUACUGGGGAUUUUUCCACGGAAAGAACGUAGAAAUGGGAAACUUUGAUUUUUGCAAAAUGACUUAAAAUGCCUCAAUUUUUACUGACUUUACUUACCAAUGACUAAAUUCUGACCAUUUUUGACGAUAAUUUAACGCUAAUAAAUAGUCAGAAAAGUCAAAGUUAUUCUGUGUUAGUUGGGUUGUAUACUGCGACCGAGAAAUCCUUGAAACUUUAGAAGAAAUCCUUGAAAUUUCAGAGAUUUUUGGUCGCAAAAUAUGAUCAAAUGACAAAAAAAUUAAAAUUAUGUUUUAAUUUUUAUUAAAAACUUAAAAAAAGGAAAUUUUGAAAGAAAUAAACAAUUUAUUUAUUUAUUAUAAAUGACUUAUUUCUGAUCUUUGUAUUUAAACGCCUUUUUCGAAUAAAUAAAAAGAACUUUUUUAUGGUUUUUUUUAUUGAUUUUUUUUUUUUUACCCACCUCCACCCCUCAGGUCCUCAACUCGUAGAGUUGAUUUCGGACCGAGGCAUUGCCGCAAUGGCUACUUAGCCUGCCAGUACUCUAAACAAUAGGCGCACUGACAGCAAAAAAAAAAAAAAAACACAGGGGAAACAGGGAGACACAGGGGAAACAGGGAGACAUAAAACGACUACACACGUUUUUUAUUGAUUUAUUUAAUUAUUUAUUAAAAACUAAAAAUUUCUUUUGCAGUUUUUAUUGUUUUUAAUGAACUUUCGUUUAAUGAAACGUUUUAAACAGAAAGUUUUAAGCAUUUAUUAGCCCCCCAUGUAACAAUAAAAAAACUUUAAAAAAAACAAAAUUAAACAAAAAAUAAUAAAAAAUAAAAGAAUAAAAAUUCUACGAAACUUUCCAACAAAAAAUCCCUAAAAUUCCCCUUGGAAAAAAACUUUAUUAAAUAUUAUGCAUCGUUUUUAACUUUAAAAAAAAAAAACAUUCAACUACUUAAGAUAUUUUCAUGAAUUGAUAUUGAAAAGAAACAACAACAAAGAAACACAAAUGAGAGCAACAUUGUGUUACGAGAGGAAGAAUAUUAACGAAAUGAGAAAAAAAGGAAAAGAUAUUUAAACAAAAUAUAUAAAUCUAUGAACAAAAUGGAAUAUUUAAAUAGAAGAAAAAAAUAAAUAAAUUAUUAGCUUGUUGCUGCAUUUAUUAAAAACAAAAAAAAACAAAAAUUAUAUAUUUAUACGCAAAAGAAAGGCGGGAAAAGGAACAUUCCUUUAGAAGAGAGAGAUUAUUUUGGACUAAAGAUGUUGAGCUAUGAAGGGAAGAAAGAAAAAUAUCGUUGAUUGUAGGUAACUUCUCCAAAGAGAGGUCCGAACUGUUGUUGUAAAUUUUUAGAGAAUUGUGAAGGAAGAUUAUUAUUAAACAAAAUAUAUAUUUUCAGUAAAUUGUAGAUGCAUAAACUAUUUAAAGAAAAAUAAAGAAAACUAGUUUUAUAAAUUUACUUAUGUGAGAGUUUAAUAAAAACCAACAACAAAAAAACUAUAAAAGAAAUUUUUAGUAAAUUUCUCCUUAAAGAAAAGCACAUGAAUUCACUUUCUGUGCCGCGCGCGCGACUAUAAAACAAAAACAAAUUAAACUUUAGGAGUGUCUAAAAACGAUGAUACUUAAAGAGAUUUUUUGUACAGUAUUUAUUUAAUUAGAUUUCUAUUAUUAUUUAAGAAAAAAACUUGUUAAAUUGACUAUAAAAAUUUUUUGUUUCUAUUUCUUUAUUAAGUAGCAAUAAUCUCAACACGGGCGCCAUGUUUUUUGUGACGUUGAGCUUAAAAGUUAAGGACUUAUCUAGCAAUUAAGCCGGUUAAGGACUUAAAGACAUAGUGGUCACUCUGUUUUUUACAGGUUAAAAACGAUUUUUUUCAAACGUACUUUCUUUUUACGCGUGGACACAUAACCUCACUUUAUGCAUUUCAACGGAAAAUAAUGUUUUAUAACUUUUAUAAGCUACUUAGAUUUAAAAAAAAAAGUCUUUGUCUUUCUUCUUUUAAUGAAGAAGUUCCAAAUGAAAUCCUAGGAAAGUCGUAGGAUAAAUCCAACAACAAAAGACAAAUCUUAAUGGGUUCUUAAUUGAAUUUAGCUGACAUUUCGUUUCUUCUUUGGGAACUUCUUCAGGCCUUUAAAUUUGGCAAUAUUUUAUUUAUUUGUUUCGUUCCAAUGAAUUUUUAAUUCAAAUACAAAAUAUCAACGUUCACAAAAUAUGCAACCAUGUGCAUUUUAUUGCUACUUUCGUGUUAGAUAAAAUUAAAACAAAAAAAAACUAAAUAAAGAUCCUAAAAAAUCUUUUAAUUUGUUGAUAAAUUAAAAAUUCUUAAUGUAAACUACUUUUUCUAGAGUAUUUUUCUUUUUCUUUUUUUGUAUUUAUCACCUAAGAUAUCACCACAAUUGUUAUUAAUAUUUAUUGAUUUUUUUAUUUCUAAAUGUUUUCUCAAUUUUUUGUUCUAUCUUUAGAGUAUAAACUAAGAAUUAAACUUAAAAAAAAAACGCCCUAUGUGUAUUUUUGUAAAUUUUUUUGUGAGACAUCACUCCCAAAUGCAUCUUGAGAGUAUUAUUGAAUAAAAUAUUGUUAAUAUUAUAUUAUUUUUUAUUUAUUAAUUAGUUUACUAAAUUGUUUGUUUUUGUGGAAAAUUUUGCGGAAUUUGUUGAAUUUUUCAAGUCACUUUUUGGCUUUUUUUUUAUAUAUAGAUUUUUGAAUGAAUUUAAUGCAAAAAAAAGACAUCACUUUCGCUAUUUAUUUUAUAGAAUAAACAAAAAAUAAAAAAAUGUUUUUUUAGUAUAAAGAAAAUUGCAAAAAAAAACAUUCAAAAAUAAAUAAAUCAUCUUCAAACCUUUAGAAGUUUUCAGUCUCAGAGAUUAACCUUCAAACUAAAAAAAAAUGAUACAGAAUUUGAUUUGAAAAGAAAAAUGAAGAAAAUAUAAAAAUUAAACGUAAAAAUAAUUAUAGAAAAAAAAGAAAAUAUUGAAGAUAGCGCAGAUAUAUUUUAAGUGCCCUUUAAUUUGUGAUUUUUCACUUUGAAAACUGAAAGAAUUAUGUGAAAAAUAAGUUUAAAAAAAACACGUAAAAUAGAAAUAUAAAGAAAUAAAUAAACUUAACCGAAUUAGUAAUGAAAGUACACUAAAAAAAAACAAUUAAUUACUAAUAGAACAUUUUGUGUCUUUGCGCUUCGGUUUUCUAAAGAAUUGUAAAAAAAGAUUAUUAAAAAAAUCCACAAAAUAAUAAAGAAAUGCAUAAAAAAUAAUGAAAAAAAUCACAUUAGACGUAAAAAAAUAUUUUUUGGAUCUAAAUAAAAAAAAAGAAAUAGAAAUUUGAAUGACCUCAAACAGUGAAGAAAUAAAUAAAUAAAAAAUAUUGUAGAAACAAAAAACAAAAAUAGGAAAUAAGGAGAAAAUGGUGCCUUCCACAAAACACAAGUAAAAAAACAGAAAAAUUUGCUAUUUUGACGAAAACAACAAUAAAAGAAAAAUUUCAUACAGAAAAACUUUCACAGAAAACAAAAAGAAUUUUCAAUUAAAAGAAAAAAGAAAAACUAUUUUCACAUCACAAAAAUAGAAUUAAAAAAAUAAAUAUAAUAAAAAUUAAAUAUUCAAAUGAAUUGAGAGGGUCACAAAAUGGUUGGGAAAAACAUUAAACAAAAACAAAGUGGAAACCACAGAGCAUAAACUUAACAACUGACAAAAGAAUUUUUGCUUAAGAAAUGGGCCUUAUAGGUGAAAUAAAGAAAUAAAAAAAAAAAUAUUUAAAAAAAAAUGAAAAACAAAAUAAUGAACAAAGAUUUCAGCUACUACAAAAUAUUAAAAAAAAAAGAAUAAUAAAUUAUUUAAAAAAUAGUAGAAAAAAUAGAAAUAAAAGAAAAAUUCAACAUGAGAGGCGCUAGAAAAGACAAGAAGGGCGAUCGUGAGACGAAAUCAAUGCAUUCCAUCUAUGUGAUGUCAAAUAAGUAAGAAAAAAAAACGAAGAACGAAUGAUGAUGGUUAUAGGAAUUAGUUACAAGAAAAUAAAUGAGUUAUAGAUUUAUAGUGAGAGAGCGAGAGAGAAGAGAGAAAUAUUUUCAGUGAAGGUGAUGGAUAUUGCAGAAAUUAAGUAAAUUAUAUUGAGGAAAAAAAUGAAGAGAAAUAUAUUUAAUAAAGAAUUAAAAUUGCUUUUCUUCA